UUAUUUCAAAGCUCAAAGUUUCGAACCGAAACUCUCGAAGUCUGAUGAGUUUCCUUUCGUUUUUUUUCUCAGAUUAUCUUGAAUCAUACAAUAUAAAGGCAAACGCCCUUCAAUGAUUUAUCUCAUUUCUAGUGAACCAUAAAUUGCUAUGAAAAAUUUCUACCCCCCAGAAGUGUAAUCGAAAUAUGGAUCAUAUCAUAAUGUGCUCAUCUGUGUUGGGGUUAUCAGACAGAACUUACUCACUACAUGGGUUUCAUCAGACUCCGUAUGUAAGGAUAUAAGAAUUAUUUUGUUUACUCAACAAAAGUCUUAACUAGGAUUGGAGCAUCAGUUUUCCUAAAUGAAACAAAUAGCCGUAAUAGCAUUUGCCAGCCGUUUCUUGGUGCUUGUCAUUCAGUUUGUCACAAACUGCCUGAUUCCUGAUCAUCAAUCAGAAGAUGCGUUUCAGGGUAUCGGGAAUGCAGCCACUCCCAGUACAGCUGAUGUCCUGAUUCAAAAAUUUUUUGGAGGGCUGAGAAGAUGGGAUGCUCAACACUUUUUGCACAUUGCAAAGUAUGGCUACACAUACGAGAAUAAUCUUGCUUUCUUCCCUGCGUUUCCAAUAGCUGUGCGAGAAUUCAAUCGAUUUUUUCUUUUCCCGUUACAUUUUUUCAUAUCAGAAAGUUCAGCACUUCUUUUGACAGCUGUAAUAUUAAAUGUAAUAUUUUUUAUACUGUCAGCAAUCGCAUUGUAUAAGUUAACAUCUGUGGUAUUGAUGAACCAAAUUUUAGCUUAUUAUUCUACACUUUUAUUUUGCAUUAAUCCUGCCAGUAUUUUCUUUACUGCACCAUAUUCAGAGUCUUUUUAUACAUUCUGCACUUUCUCUGGUCUCCUUUUAUUGGAGCUUAAUGUUUCGCCUUUACUAGCCUCCAUUCUGUUUGCUGAGGGUAGCAUUGUACGGUCUAAUGGGAUCGUCAAUUUAGGGUUUGUAGCUUACAAAAUUUUACUGAGAUUUCGUGAGCCCAGAUCAGCGAGUAUUUUCCGUGAAACUCUGCAAAUAGUACUAUCAGCUGUCAUGAUAUUGUCACCAUUUUGCUUAUAUCAGGUUUAUGCCUAUCUCAAAUUCUGCACGGCCUUUGAUACAUCCCCACCUAUCGAAAUCCAGCUGUUAGCUAUAAAAGAAAAAUAUGUCAUGCCAGGAGCAGAUCUCCCUUGGUGCCAGUUCUCUGUACCAGUCUCAUACUUCCACAUCCAGAAAAAGUACUGGAAUGUAGGUUUUAUGGAGUAUUUUGAAUUGAAACAAAUUCCCAACUUUGUCCUAGCCUCUCCAAUUCUACUUCUCAUCUUUUACAAUAGUCUUAAAUUCUUUUUCAAUCAUAAGAAUGCUCUCAUGAGCGUUGGCUCCUUUUUGAAGCUAAGCCCUUAUUCCUUACGUCUUUUCCCAUACGUAGUUCACAUCCUGUACCUAUCAGUAUUUUGUUUCUUUUGUGCCCAUGUUCAAAUAGCAACGCGAAUGUUAGCCUCUGCCAGCCCCAUACUUUACUGGUACGCAUCCUCAAUUUUAGUGAACAAUAGUAAAGUCUUGCGGAGAAAGAUAGGAAAGAUAGAUUCCAAUAAUUCAUUCGAGUAUGUCUGGAACUCUUUGUUGUUAACGGAACUGCAGCCACUAAACUCAAAACCAAUUUAUGUAAAAUAUUACUUUUUAUUGUACUGCGUUAUCGGAACUAGUUUGUUCAGUAACAACUUACCUUGGACUUAAAUUUGAUGCAAUGUCCCAGAAUUGAGUUUCAUUGGAGUAACUCAUGAUUAAAAAGUAUGCUAAUAAAGGUACUCUACUAAGCUCUAAUAACACAGUUAGAAAUAGAUGGGGAAUCCUGUCUCUGCAAGUAAAAAAAAAAAUAAAACUUCCCUAAUGAACUGGAAGUCUUAUUUAUAAAGCAAAAGCAUUUUUAAAGAGCCUUGUUUCUUGGCUUGCUCCACUAAGUUUUAAGCUUGGUUCCUUUAAAUUGGUUGUAAUGAAUAUAUCUUUUGUAACAGUGAUUGUGAGCUCCUCGUUUUUUUUUUUUUUUUUUUUUUUUUUUUUUUUUUUUUUUUUUUUUUUUUUUUUUUUUUCUUGCUUAGCUACUUAUGCCAAUGCCUUUCUAUGUAAAAUUCAAAGAGAAAUCAGUCAGUAUAUCAUUCUCUUGAAAGUAUAGAAAAAUGUUUUCUGUUGUUUUUUCUCUAGUCAAAUUUUAGAUUAGGUAAAUUUUACUAUCUCUAAUCAUGCUUCUAUGAAGCAUCUUAGUUUAAGCCUAGUGAGUCUCACUAGCAUCCAGUCACACAUUUUGCUUUGUUGAUCUUAGAAUGUAGAAGUGUGGAGCAUUUGUUUCUUAAAUUUGUGUGUGCUUUUCUUCCUUCUUCUUCUUUCUAUAAGGUGCUGUGUGAAAAAUUAUAUUUAUGCUGAGUUCAGUCAUUUUCUGAAGAAAAUGUCAGUUUUAAAAUAGAGAUACUUAUUAAGUAAAAUUUUUACGUUUUGAGUAAA